UGUUGGCCAGCACCUCCUCCUGCACCCGGACGGUGGGCAGCCCAGAGUAAGGCCUGGUAAACGGAGGCCGUGGAUUCUGCUGGGGUCCAGGAGCUGCUGAGCAGGGGUCUGGAGCCCUGAGGUCCAGGCUCCCCAGAGACCAGGCUCCCCUAUACACACAACACACACACACACACCCCACACCAAUGAUGGCUGUCCCCUCAGAGUCGCCUGCUGCUCUUCGUGCUGUGCUCCUUGGUCUUCUCCGCCGUCUACAUCCUGAUGUGCGGCUGGGCUGGCCUGCCCCUCUGCCUGACCAACUGCCUGGAGCCCCGCCUCCCCACCAGCUCCAGGCCCACCGUGCCCGGACCCCUGCACUUCAGUGGCUAUAGCAGCGUGCCAGAUGGGAAGCCGCUGGUCCGAGAACUGUGCCGCAGCUGUGCCCUGGUGUCCAGCUCCGGCCAGAUGCUGGGCUCGGGCCUGGGCGCCGAGAUCGACGGAGCUGAGUGCGUGCUGCGCAUGAACCAGGCGCCCACGGUGGGCUUCGAGGCGGACGUGGGCCAGCGCAGCACCCUGCGGGUAGUCUCGCACACGAGUGUCCCCCUGCUGCUGCGCAACUACUCCCACUACUUCCAGCAGGCGCGGGACACGCUCUACGUGGUGUGGGGCCAGGGCAGGCACAUGGACCGCGCGCUGGGCGGCCGCACCUAUCGCACGCUGCUGCAGCUCACCCAGAUGUACCCGGGCCUGCAGGUGUACACCUUCACGGAGCGCAUGAUGGCCUACUGCGACCAGGUCUUCCAAGAUGAGACCGGCAAGAACCGGAGGCAGUCCGGUUCCUUCCUCAGCACCGGCUGGUUCACCAUGAUCCUGGCCCUGGAACUGUGUGAGGAGAUUGUGGUCUAUGGAAUGGUCAGCGACAGCUACUGCAGGGAGGAGCGCCGCGGCGCCUCUGUGCCUUACCACUACUUCGAGAAGGGCCGCUUGGACGAGUGCCAGAUGUACCUGGCGCACGAGCGGGCGCCCCGCAGCGCGCACCGCUUCAUCACCGAGAAGGCCGUCUUCUCCCGCUGGGCGAAGAAGAGGCCUAUUGUGUUCGCUCACCCGUCCUGGCGGGCUCAGUAGCCCCGCUGGCCGCCAUGCCUUCUGCUGGCCUUCAUUCCAUCAAGGCCACCACCAACCCAAAGACCAAGCUCACUGCCCUGGAGUUGAUUCUGACUGGGGGUCUUGAACAGCUGACCUUAUGGAGCUGCCACCAAGGCUUACUCAAGGCCACCACACUGCACCAAAAACCUUGUAAUGUGUGGCUCCUACCUCCUGCCCCAUACUAGGGUCACAUGGAAGCCCCUGCAGUUUCAUGACCUGAGGGGCCCCGGGGGGCGGCCAUGGUGAACUCAGCAUGUCCCUCCCCACCCUGCUUCCCAAGCCAUCCCCAUCUUUACGUGGGCUUCACCUCACCUCCGGGUCUGUCCAGUGGCCUUUGCCCCUGGGGCUGAUGUCCCCCCCAUUCACCAGCAUCAUGACCUUCGAGCUUGCCCCGGCCCUGGUCCUUCUCGCCCCUCACCCACCCUUGGUGCCAUACCUCCCGGGCUGGUUGUCCUGCCCCAGUGCCCUGGGCAGGGUAGCAACGGUCUGGGAGCUCACUGGGCAAAGGGACUAUUGAAAUAGGACCUGACGUCAGGGCCAUCUCAGGAGUGGACGGUAGACGUGUUUUCUGACACCUGCCUCUGUAGGCUCGUGGGUCGGGGUGGGGAGUGGGGGUGAGGCUCCCCUCCCUGACACAUUCCGAGGCCUGGGUGUCCCUCUCAGGCUGGUGGCCAGCUGGGCUGCUGGGAUUAAUUUUUUUUCCCUCUUAAGUAAUUUAUUUUAUUCUUGUAUGUUGUUGAAUACGGACGCAGCAGAAACAAA